GAGCCUAAAGUCCCAAAUCCUCUGUUCGCCUCAGCAUCUCCAUCUCCAUCGCACUUGCCUCUGCAACUAGGUGAAGCUCAUCAAAGGCCCGACGAGCAAGUAACAGGUAAAGGAAGAAGAUUGGGAGGUGUUAUGGCUGUUGCUUCAUUGUCUAUAUGCACUUCAAUUUUAACCCAUGGAUCAAGAGAUCACAAUCCAAGAUACAGGAAACCUUCUGUACCAAAUCCAUUAAUUAUUUCAGAAACUUGGAAUAUACAUGGUGAUCAUGAAAUGAGGAGGCUGUCCCGUAAAUUUACCGUAUUUGCUACAGAAGGUUCAGCAAAGCCAAGCAAGUCAGAAGAGACAAUUCCCUCAUGGGCUAAUCCAGAUUCAGAUGAACCACCUCCUUGGGCUCAAGAUGAGAGCAAGCAAAAUGGGUCUAAACAGACCUUGGAGAUUCCCUUCUAUGUUUAUUUACUUGCUUCAACUAUCGUUGCAAUAGCUGCGAUAGGUUCUGUUUUCGAAUAUGUGAACCAGAAACCUGUUUUCGGCAUAUUGAAUCCUGACAGCAUAUUCUACGUUCCAGUGCUCGGCUUCUUUGCCUUCACUGGUUUCCCAACUUCUGCAUUCCUGUGGUUCAAAUCUGUUCAAGCUGCUAACAAGGCAGCUGAGGAGCAAGACCAAAGAGAUGGUUAUCUAUAGAUUUGACUUUGCAGUGUGUGAUCUGCCAUCUUCAAGCAUCCCUAUUGCACAUGACCUUCUUGUAAGAAAUAGCUUCCAUAGGCAAGUUUCCAAUUGUAAAUGAGUAUUGUUCUUGCAGUAAUGUGACAUUGUAUUCAAGAAAAUAUUGUCUAGUGACAGAACAUCAUAAUUAAUGCUUGUAACAAAAAUUGUAGGCACACAAAUGUGGGGAUCAAGAUCUGUGUUCAGUCUUCU